ACUUGUCGGCUCUGUCGCGCUUUAGUGACGUCUGUAUCUGUGUGACCGUGAGCAGCAGUUUGAUGUGUGUGAUGUGAGCAAAAUGAUGAAUUUAGCGGCAUUAUUGCAAAGCUUAAGAUUCUCCUUGCUACACAUUGAGAACAGAAUUCUACAGGUGGCAGGAAUAGAACGACAGCUCGUUCCAGCUCUAGCCAUUAAUGGCCGAAGUCUGCUCCCUCAUAUCGAAGAGCAACAACUGGAGGAGGGGCAAAGCAAGGAGCGACCCCCCGGACUUCUGGACAGCAUCUUUUGGAUGGCAGCACCUAAGAAGAGACGUACCAUCGAGGUCAACAGAACGAGGAGGAGGGCUGAGAGCAAACUAAUCAAAGUCAAGCAAAACAUCGAGCCAUGUCCAGAGUGCGGCCAUUUAAAGCAGAAACACAUCCUGUGUGGUUUCUGUUAUGCAAAAGUGUGCCAGGAGACUGGUCAGAUUCGUCAACAAAUUAAAGCGAUGGAGGGCGGUCCUCUCAGGGCCCCAACUGUGGAGACGGUUGUCUUGUAUGCGGAUGAGACACCAAGUGAGCUGGACAAAGACAAGAGGAUAGUCGAGAGACCCAGGAAGCGGCCCUCCUGGUUCGGCCAGUAAUGCCUGUAUAUUCUGACUGUAUGCAACACACCUUCAGUUUACUGUGCAUUUGCUGAUUUGCUAUAAUGUCUUUUGUGUAAUAAUCUUUUUUUUUUCAGCCACAUGUCAUAAAUUUGUUUGGUGUGUUUAUGUUGGUAUACACAGUAUGUGUACAGCAACAACUGAAACUGAAUAUAGUUUCAUAAGAAAUAUAUUACGUGAGAAAAAGAAUAAAAAUGUGUAAUGUUUUCCUUCACGC